AUGAAAAACAACUCACCAGACAAGAGAGCAUUUAAACAGAGCUCUUAUACCGCAGAACUCGAUCCCUCCUUCCUCCUUCCGAUCUUUCCUCUCACACCUACACACACCACCAAACAAAUCCAGAUCAGCAAAUACCCAGAGCCAAAACUACCCAUCCUCAAUUCCAACCCCAGAAAGAUGCAGAGCAUGUUCUACUUCGACGGGGAACUAAUCCCAGAACCCGAAUACGAUCCCCGCCAAGUCCUCAACUGGGUGAACGUCUACAUCAAGGCACGGGACUCUCACUCAGAUGAUGAGACCCUCAUGCGCACCGUUGCCGCAUAUAUCAGAACUAGCACCGCCUCGAUCUCUGUCCAUGCCAAGCAUCACGAGCACCCUCUGUGCGUCUCUAUCAAGGUGCCCGGAGACUACCAUUCCAACAAGGCAUCUAUUUUCGCGGCGGCCGAGCUGCAGGCUGACUACUAUUGCCAGGAGAUUCGGAAUGGGAGAGUGCGGAUUAAUCGGGCGUUGCUUUUCCGACGGCAGGUGUCCGAUCGGCGUUGA